GCUGAAUAUCCCAAGACACAGGAUCGAACAGAAAACACGUUUCCCGGGACAAUGGUUGUUGUUCAAUUGUUCUGUCAAUACUUCCGAAUAUGUGACUUUGUGGUUUAAGAAAAACAGAAAAUCUGAUGAGGAACUUCAAAUUAUUGAUAAAAAAAUAGUGUUGGUUUCUAAGAAUAAUUUCAACAUAACACGCUUGACAGACAACGAUAGGGGAUUUUACAUAUGCAGAGUUUGUGGUCAGGAAAGGCAAAUAUUUGCCGAAAUAUUAAAAGGUAAACUCGUUCUCAAAGUAUAUAAUUAAUGCUUAAAUAUUACUAAAAUAUUAAAUUCGCAGUACGUACAUUAUUUACUUGUCAAUGUUUUUCUUGACGCUUAUUUUGUAUAUUUAUAUGUACAUUAUGUUCCUACUGUCCAGUGUGUGCGGCUUUGUUUCUCAGCAUAGGUGGUAUCACAAGGCAAUUUCCUAUCAGGAUGAUUUCUUAUGAACUGCUAAUUUCCCCUUGAUCUUUGUGUAAUUUUGACCUUCCCGAGUUGAGCAAUCCCCAGUCUCGAUUGCUUUUAUCAGAGCUUGCAUCGUUGAAUCUUUCUGACUUUCCAUUCGACUUCCUGAAGUGUCAUGGCUUUUGGUACUGCGUUAGUACUUACAUAGUUGAUACAUUCGUAACAUCCUUCUGCUAGAUUUGUUAUCUGGGUCUCUGAGAAGUUUGUAUGUCGUUGUACUGGUAAAAUCUGCUGGAUUUUCUUCAUUUCCUCCAGGACGAUAAUACAGCUCACAAUCGUAAGGUAUCACUCUCUAAUAGCCAUCGAUCAAUUCGGGUUGACGUACGCUAGCUUAUUGCUCUUGAAAAUACCAAGUAAGGGCUUGUGGUCGGCGAUGAUGUGAAUUUUCAGCGUGAAAAAGGGUGAAAAUUUUCAGCGAUACAAACUACAGCUAACAUUUCUCUCUCAGUUUUGGAAUAUUUUGAUUCGACUUGUGGCAUGCGUAGCAGAUAUCUUUGUCUUCUCGCAUUAGUAUACCUCCAAGUUCUCCCGGGCUUGCGUCGACCACGAUUUUCGUUUCUUUUGUUCCAUCGAAGUACGUAAUUAUUUGUCUCCUGCAACAGCUUGUUUUAAAAUGUCGAUGGUACUCUGUUCUUCGGCGUUCCAUUUCCAGGCGACGUCCUUCUUGGUCAGGUUUCGUAGUGGGUUGUAAUCUUGGCAUAAUCAGGGUUGAAUCCAGAAAUAUACUGCGCCAUUCGUAUAACAGUGACUUCAUUUCAAUUGCACACUGCGGUUUCACGGUUUUUAUGGCAUGCAUCUUCUUGGGAUCAGGUUUAAUUCUGUUUGCAGUGAAGAUAUGACCAUAAAACUCGAUAUCGGGCUGUUUGGCCCCUGGUGUUCUGUUUUGGUCCAUGUUAGAGCCAAACCGGCCUCGGUUUUAAAAAGCCAAAAUGGCCCUAUUGGGCCAAAAUGGCCCUUCUAAAAUUACUGUGCACUUUUUGUCUCUUAAACGAAUGUUUCAUUACUUAAAUAUUUGGAGUAUCCUUACAGGUAAACAAGGACUUCUUGCAUGGCAUUCUGAAAUAUUUCAGCUGUCGUGCUGAUACCAUAAAGAAGACAUUUAUAUCUUCUAAGCCCAAAGCGGGUAUAGAAAAAGUGGUGAUGUAACGACUUUCCAGGGAUAAUUCAAAUUGGUGGAAUCCAAAUGAGAGAUUCAACUUACUAAAUAUGGUAGCACUACUUAGAUCUGCAAUAAAACCUGUGGGGCAUUAAGUGCUUCUAACCGCUUUGUUAGCUUCCCGCAUAUCUGCGCAAAUUGUCACCCUUCCAGAGUCCUACUACCUAUCCCAAAAUUAAAGAAAUCAGGAAUGCGUUUUGUAAAAUUAAACAAAAGUUAGAAAUUAACGAAAUACUUUGCCACAAAAUGAAAAUAACGAAGUAAAACGUUACUUCUUAAAACAACUUCGUUCCAAGUAAUAGUACUCCAUAAAGAGUUUACAUUGUUACGUGCUGACUUCUCAAAGGUAGUAUACUCCAGUGCAGUAGCGAAGUACAUUUACUCGUUACUUGACACCACUGCGUGUAGCUUGGCAGUCUUGGGGGCUGUUUAUAUGAGGCGAGCCAGCUCGGGUACCCGAGCUAGCUCGCCUUAGGCGGGAUCCCGUCUUUGUCAAUAUUUCCUACUAAAUUUCAUGUUGCGUUUCUAUGAGAAUCGAGCUGGCCCGCCUAACCGAGGUCCCGCUUUGUGUGACCCGAGACUUCGGGUAAACGGGCUGGGUAGUUUUCCAUAUAAACGCAACAGGGAGGGCUAGCCCUCCUAGAAGGGCUGGAAAUUUAGCAAAUACGCAUGCGCAAAUAAUUCAGAAUGCACAAACAACUCCCAUAUAAGGAACCAACUUCCAUAUAUGGAGUUGUUUACGUCAAAAAAAAUUAGAACAAAAAGAGCCAGCCCUUCAUGUAAGUUUCAUGUAAACGCGUGGUGAAAUUCAUCUCGGGGAUGCCAGCCAGCUCGGGUACCCUGGCUGGCUCACUUCCAUAUAAACAGCCCCUUGGACGCAUGUGGUGUUCUGACCGUAGUUGCAAACGUUCCAGGAGUAGAUAUGGCGAUUCGCUUUCGCCAGUUGUUGCACGUUUUCCAUGCUGAUCUAUGAGUUCAGUCGCGAAGUAAUUUAUAAAGUUAAAAAUAAACGUGGUCUGAGCCGAGAAAAUCAAAGUUAAAGUUUAUACAAAUUAACACGAUUUUUUAUCACGUAUAAAACCACCGACACGCCAAUGAUUUUCUUUGUCUUUGCCUUAUGAAUUAUUAAAUGAGGUUUUUUAAGCAUUUUAAAUUUUUAAGCCUGAUAAAGGAUUCUCCUUCUAGGAAUAGCCAAUGCAAGACCAAUCAUAAAGAGGAUACCAAAUAAAGCACUCUAUGAUAUUGGAGACGAAGUCAAACUAACAUGCAGAGCAGAAAACACUACCAAUGGGUAUGAAAUCAAAUGGUACAAAAUCAAUUCAAAUAGAGAGCCAAUUGAAAUGGAGAAAGCUAAGACCAAAUGGAUAGGCGAAAUUCAACAUGAAACUUUGUCAUUGAAGUCAUUGUCAGCGCAGGAUAUGGGGAUCUACAUGUGUAAAAUAUUCUUUAUUGAGUAUAGCGCCUCUAUGUUGGCAAAUAUUAAACUUAAAGGUAAUUAUCAUCAUAUUUUUUAUUAACAAUUCUUUUAAUUAAUUUUUUUUUAUUUUCCAGGUUCUGUUAUUUACGCGAAUUUUGUCCCGGGGCCAGUUGUAUAAAAACGUAGUUAGUGCUAACUGUAGUUUUAAAUACUUUUUUAAAAAACUAGUUAAUUUUAAGUAUAUGUGGUUAGACCGGUUGUAUAAAAGUGUAGUUAGCCUUAACUGCAGUUAAAAAAUAGUUAAAUUAACUAAGCUUUAGGGUAUAGUCGUAGGUAUAGUUAACUAUCAAAGUGUAUAUCCACACCGGGCGAGCUUGAAAAAUAUGCCCGACCACGGUGGGAAUCGAACCUACGACCUUUGGAAUACUAGCCCAAUGCUCUGCAACUGAGCUACGCGGUCAGGACGGUUCGAGUGAGAGAUAUUUCGGAACAGAAUCUAGUCCCUUCGAUACCAGUGUAAUCUUGUAAUAUGAUUUUUCUGUGUUGGUGUUGUGUACUCAGGUGAAUAUGAUGUUUGUGGUGUUACUGUGAGUGUAUAUCGAAGGGACCAGAUUCUGUUCCGAAAUAUCACUUACUCGAACCGUCCUGACCGCGUAGUUCAGUUGGCAGAGCAUUGGGCUAGUAUUCCAAAGGUCGUAGGUUCGAUUUCCACCGUGGUUUGGCAUAUUUUUCAAGCUCGCCCGGUGUGGAUAUACACUCAGAGUAACAUCACAAACAUCAUAUUCACCUGAGUACCCAACACCAACACAGAAAAAAUCAUAUCAAAAACGACCUGACCGCGUAGCUCAGUUGGCAGAGCAUUGGGCUAGUAUUCCAAAGGUCGUAGGUUCGAAUCUCGCCGUGGCCAGGCAUAUUUUUCAAGCCUACCCGGUGUGGAUACACACUCAGAGUAACAUCACACAAGCAUAUCAAAAACGUAGUUAAAAAUGGCGUUUGUAUGAGAGUGAACAACAUUUUUUCAGUAAAACAACAAUGAAAAGCAACGCUUACCUUGGAUUUUCAAUCGGUAUAUCUUCCCUGUCACGUUCUCUGACAAUAUAAACUCUUCAAACGUUAGCGCUUGGGUUUUUUUAUGAAAACGGGACAUAUUUUUGCACAGGACGAUUUCUCGAAGAUGAAGUAUGGUCCAUUACACCAAGAAACUCUGAUAUAUAAUUGCCAAACAGCUACACCUUGGUUUAACGUAGACAUCUCACGGAAAGCCUCCUUCUUUUAUGAUUUUCAGUUGUGACGGUUUUGCUUGUUUUCUUAUUUAUUUUUCACUUUUUUACAGUGUUUUAAAUAAAAUUCCCGCCUAUUUUCAAAAUACAAGUCCACAAUCAUGUUAAAAAUUGCGUCUCAGCGGUCGUUAAACACUGCUCACUUUAUGUAAUUUUGUGUUUAAACGCCCCACGCACAGUUUACUACGUGAUUAGUUAACUAUCCGACUAACUACGUUUUGUGCAACGUAGUUAAGUCAUGUAGUUAACUAAUUUCAGUUGAGGAUUUAAUUAACCGCAGUGAUUAACGCUAACUACAGUUAGCGCUAAUUACCGUUUUUAUACAACCGGCCCCUGACGUGAAUGCGACAACUUUGUGUCAUUCCAGGCAGAGGCGCCGGAAUAUCGAUAACUGGGGAGCAGAUAUUCAUAUAUUCGUGUUCACAGACUGUAAAAACAAUCGACUUCAAAAGAUAUAUGAAUAUCUGCCCCCCUCCCCCCAAUUAUCGAUAUUCCGGCGCCUCUGGUUCUAGUGCCAGCAUUGCCAGUACGAGCAUUUCCGGGCUUAAACCCAUAAUGCCUCUUCCGAAGUGAGAAGUCAACCAUUUUUUGCCAUGGUCAAUUCAACCAUGUUUUUGGCACUUGCAACUAUUCGCCGAACAUGGACUGGACUGGGAUGUGUAAUAAAAAAGAAAAAUGGUUGCCCAACAUGAACAAUAAACACUUAUGUCUGCUCCCUAAGGAAAUAGUUUGUUUUGUUUUCCCGAGAGUCUCAAUGUUUCCCGAGACGAAGUCGAGUCGAUGAUUUCUCUUAUCCAUAAUUCUAAUGCUUAUGAAUCUGAUACACAAUUGUAAUGCUUAUACAAACCACCAAUUGAGCUACAAUUUACACAAAUUAAUACACCAUACAGUAUAGCAUACACGUAUACCACUAUUAUAUAUGCAUACAUCAAUAAGCGAUUUGUUAUAUAGCGACGAACAAAAAUCAACAUUCAACAACAUUCAUACAACAAUUGUGUAUGGCACACUAUGGUCAUUACGAAGUGAUUGAUCGAUUAAUUCAGCGCUUUAGUGUUACAAAAAGUUUUUCUCUCAACUUUCAAGCAUUCAAAAUCUAAUUCAAGUAUUUAAUUUCACGCAGUCCCAUUGAAACCUGAUAUUCAAAUACUGAAUGAAGAAAAUAAUUUCCAUCCGAAAGAAGGAAAGGGUUUUUCACUAUCGUACAACGUGUCAUCUUACCCAGUCUCUGAUAUUAAAUGGUGGAGAUCUGAAGAUGGGAAAGAAUAUGAGUUGAUAACUCAGUGUUUGGCGACAAAAACGUGCGAAGUUCACGGAGGAAAAGAAAAUAUUACGAAGACAAGUUUCGAAAUUGAUGAUCUUAGAUUUCCCCAAGAUAAUUUCUUCUACAAAUGUAAUGCUAGUAAUGACUAUGGAAAAGACUCAGAAACCUUUCAAUUGGAAGUUUACGGUAAUCUAAAUAAUUAUGUUAUUUUGAAAUCAUUUCUGAUUUUCUGUUUCUACUAGAUAGAUUCAAUUAAAUUUCUCGAAUCUCAAUUUCAAAUAUUCAUUUCUAUAGACUUGUGGCAUGUGUCUGACAAAUUUUCUAAUGAGAAUAAAAUGACAAAAAGCGUUUAACCGUUUUGUUUAUUUUGUUUACUUUCGUUGUUUUUUGGUCAUUUUUGUUUUGUUGUGGCAUAUGCUAUAUCACAACGCUUCACGUUUCGUGAAUAUCCCAGCAGUACUCACCCACACUUCGGUAAAUAAUGUUUUAUUAUAUUUUUAUUUCCUUACAGUGAAACCUGAGAUUAGUAUGCAGACGAUAUAUAGAUUCAAGGAAGGGAUGAUAAUUAAUUGUUCAUUAAAGAGAAGCAAUCCUCCAGAAGUAAAAUUCACCUGGUAUUCAUGCAACACUCCCAACUGUGGCGAGAAAAGCCAAAAUUUGUCUGAAAAAUCUUUCUUACGACUCGACAGUCAACCAAAGUCUGUUAUGAAGUAUCAGUGCAAAGUCAAAAACGCUGCAGGCAGUGCAUCUGAAAUCAUUGAGGUGUUUAAGUCCGCAGGAAACAGCAGUAAGUCUACCAAAUCUAAAUUGCAGAUUGAAUUAUGCAUGCCGUGGGAAUACGCUAGAUUACAAAUUGUAAUUAUGUCAAUGACUAUUCUACAGGGUGUUCCGAAAAAACGUAAACCAUUUGAAAUCAAGCCUUUGUUUGAAUUUGAAUGCCUUAUUACUAUGCUGAACCUGCGGGUGCGUAAUAUAAAAAAGUAUACCUUUUAAAAUCAAAUUACCUUUGUUGAAAUUCGAAUGGCUUAUUAUAUCGUGAACUAAGUUCAACAAAAUGUAAAGUUAUUUAAAUGUUUUUUUUUAUAACAAUAAAAACAAGUUAACAGUGUACGCUGAUUGGCUUCGCUGAUUUACAUUAUCGGCACUUAGUCUUGGGGGCAAAACCCCCGGUAACCAAGCAUAUAUUAGGUAGGAAUAUGGAAGCGUGCUCGAUCAGUUGCUUCAAUACACCCUGUAUUUACGCCUUCAUGGAUUCAGCAUAAUGCUCAGGCAUUCAAUUUAUUACAAUAGGAAAUUUUGAAAAAAUAUACUUUUUACUGGACACCCUGAACGGAAGUUCUUUAGAAACUAGCCUAUUAGUCUGUCAAAAAGAAUCAAAUUUCUCAGGAGAUAAUAAUAUUAAUCAGUUUGCUACCUUUUUUACAGGAGUUUUGAUAAUCAUGCUUGGUUGAGUUUAAUAUAUAUACAGUAGAAUAUUUUAAUACAAAUUAUAAUUAGUUUACAGUAAUGUUUAUAUAUUGGUUUUGUCAGCAAGGCGAGGAUUUCUGCAUGCAUGUAUCUCUAGUCUUUAAAAUCUUCCAAAAUGCAGAAAACUCCAGUGUCGAGAUUCCAGAUUAUAUAAGUUUAUUUCAUCGAGGGAGUAAGACCUCAAACGCCGUACAGUAGCUUAACUGUACUACUAUAAUGGAUACUCUGGCCAUGAAACAAUUUUCAGAUCGUUCUUGCAAUAAUAGCAGGGCAACAGAGCUUUGGUGUCUCAUGGGCACUACAACACAUUCCCACUUACACUCCUGGCAAAAACUAAUGAAACAUCCAGUAUGAUUAACAAUUUAAUCUAUUCUUCUCCACUUUCCCCCAUACAAUGUUGAUUAAUAUGAGUAAAAACCUAUACGUAGAGCUCUCCGUCAUCGAUGAACUAUUGAAUACAAUUUUUUAGACUCUAUGGCCAACAUUGUUAAGGCGGGAGGAGAUUUUGUCUAUUUUAUUGAUUUUUUUUAUGUGUUUUAUUAACUUUUUGCCAAGAUUGUAGCUUGAACUGCAAUGCUUGCUACGUCUGCAGGCGACUGCAGCUUUAUUAAUCUAUUUCCAAAGCCACCGAUACGAACAAAAUAUAUAUUUCCUACCACCUUGCAAACUAAGGACGAACUACCCGAAAGAGUGCCUUCAGGAGUUGGGCAGAUCCAUGGACCCGCUCGCAAUCACGACCAGAAAGAACAAUGGCAAAGAACCUGGCAUUCUGGGCACAGUGACGAAUUUUCAUGCACUUUUUCUUCUGCUUUACUUUGACCUAUUUAUAAAAAAAUAAGUCUCAAAUUGGGGUAAAAGAGUCCUCGUUAAUUUCACAGAGUCAAAUAAUGAUUGUGGUUUUGCAGUUUUCAAUCUUGCAUUGUCCAUUCUACCUGCAAAUUAAACUUUUUGAUAUAAAGUAUAUUUUGAAUAAACAGCAGUUCACCUCCUUAAUAUUAAGCACAUGCAUGUUACCAAUAUGUACUAUCUAGAGAUCCUCAGUUGAGAAGAAUUCACCCUGAAAUAAUCUUAUUAUAGGGACAGUGUGAUGUAGAACCUGCACAAAAUUUAUUAACAAUAGCUAAUUUGUUUGCAAAAAGGUAUCCCUAACCCAAAUUCAUCUGACCAGAGACACACACUGAUCUUGAUCGUCGUUCCAACUGGAUUGAUAUCCAUGAUAAUUGUGGUUGUGGCAGGGUUUGUGUUGUACAGAAGAAAGAAAAUGUACGGCGGGUUUUACCUGUUUUCAUAUCCUCCUUUACCUGACUACAUCAAAAGCAUAAAUAGAAAUGGGAAUAUUCAAGAACAGCUUCAGCAACUGCCGUUUAUACCAGAAUGGGAGUUUCCUAGGGAAAGGAUUAGCUUUGGUAGGCAAUUUAUUUUUGUACAAUAAUCAACCAAGUGUAAUUAACAGCAUGAGCUCCACCUUUGAAUUUACUCCACCUUUGAGUAAAUUCUUAAACAUGUCCGAAUUUAUCAUUAUGAUAAAUUCGCGGCAAAUUUUGAAUUUAUCAUAAUAAUAAAUUCGCGGCACCUAACACUAACCCUAACCCAACCCCAACCACUAACCCUCUAACCCCUAAUCACUAACCACUAACCCCUAACCCUAACUUUUUGACUUUUUAAAUUUUUUUAACUUUUUUAACUUUUUUUAAAAAUGUAACUUUUUAAAGUUUUUUUGCUUUUUAAAACUCUUUUCAAACUUUUUAAAAACUAUUUUUUAAAAAAACUUGAAAGACUUAAUUUAUUUUUCUCUCCUGUAAGAACUACAAAAAUGCCAAUAUAAACUUGAAUGCAGUGGUUUCUUUAUUAUAAUGCAGUCUUUCUGUUUUCCCAGCAUCUUUAUCCCAGCAAAUUGCCUGUAGUUAGCCUCACAGAAAAUCAUUUUCGAAAUAAGUUACGAAAUAACUUAAAGGCACAGUUCAGCCUGUUGAACGAUGGUUUUUAAGGCGCAUUUCAGCCCUGUUAAUUGAAAAACUAACUAGGAAAAUCAGUUAAGCAUAAUUCAAAAUCAGUAAACUCGAUGUUUUUAACAAUAUGAAUGUUUUAAAAUGUUAAAAACAUUAAGAUUGGUGAUUUUGAAUUAUGCUUAAUUGAUUUUCCUAGUUAGUUUUUUCAAUUAACAGGGCUGAAAUGCGCCUUAAAAACCAUCGUUCAACAGGCUGAACUGUGCCUUUAAAAUAUUUUUCAGACAGUGAACUUGGCUCUGGACAAUUUGGAAUUGUUUGGUUAGCAGAAGCAAUUGGUAUAUCUGCAUUUCAUCCUAGAGACAUGUUGAGAGAGAGGGAGGGCGGACGAAGGUUUUCCUUGUUCAAUCGCACAACGAAAAGAAACAGCUAUGUCUUUUGCACAGAAGUAACACAAGUUGCAGUUAAAACGAUGAAAGGUUUGAUUUCAUGCUCAAAAUUUAAUGCAGUACCUGUAUUUUAUUAGAUUUAUACUCCUUACAUUUAAGAAGCUACUUGCCGAUAAUUCAUUCGUCGUAACAAAUCUGAGAAAUACGUACAGUACCUGAUAUAAAUAUGGCCAUGGAGCGCAUGUACGCUUGGCACAACCACAUAAAUUCAGUUUCCGUAUUAAUGCCGUUGUCUGCCGGAAUAUAAUUUCGCCUCUGAGGCCAAAUGCUUUAGGUUUUCACGGUUAACUGCGUUUACCUCCUUACUAAUACUGGACAAGAAAGAAGAUAAAAAUCAAUGCUGAGUUAUUAACUAUGUCACUGAUAAUAUAAUAUAUGUGUGAUAUAACACGUAAUUUGAUUGCUAAUGUGCGUGCAUGCAUUAUAAUGUAAUUACUGUUAUGCAUGCACUGUCUUGGUGGCGGCGCUGCCUGAAAUAGUCUCCCUCGCAGACGUUCUUAUAGCUCUAACUCUCGCUUACUAAGGGGCUGCACAUUCCAUCCCCUCCGAUCGACCAAUCACAGCCAACCUUGUAUAUUUUGGAAAGUCAUUUAGUGUCGGAAAGUCAUUUAGUGUCAGAAUAUUCGCCAGAUCCGACAUCCGAAUACCUUUCGUAAUACAGAUCCGACAUCCGAAUAUUUUUUCUGUGAAAUCCGACGAUCAGAAUACCUAUUCAACCCCAUCGAACUUCGCUCUACGUUUCUGCAUGACAACUAGACCUUAAUCUUAAUCUCACAAUAAGAAGGCUUCCAAUUGGCGGUAACUCCUGAAUACUGCCAGAUGAUUUGCUCCUAAAACAAAGGGAAUGGAAUGUGCAGCUCGUUCAGCAGACGUUAGUUAGCGAGGGUUAGAGCUAUAAGAACGUCUGCGAGGGAGACUUUACCUGCAAGUGCCUGAAGCUAACUACAAUCCUUGAAUUAUGUCGGCUAGCUUGAUAUAUGAAAAUUUUUACACUAUGAAACAUAAGUCAAAAACAUUUCUUCGAUGGCCGGUGCCCUAUUGCAAUUUGCAAGCUUCAAGUGAAACGGGCAAGUUUGGACCAUGCCGGACUAACUGCAAUUAUUUUUUAUUACCUGCAAAAAACGACAUAUGCAGGCAUGAAAUAAUGUAAAUGGAUUUUGUAGAUAGAAAAUAAUAUUCAAGCGAAUAUAUAUAGCGCUACAAUUUUGGAUCUGACGAUCCGAAGCACCUGCGACGAACUGGAAGGUUAUAAUUAAUUAUAGAAAGUUCACAAGAAGAACGGCAACGGUGGCAACAAUGACGCAGUUUGUUUGAUGAAACCUAAUUAUUAUCUAAACUUGAUUGUUAUUAAAUCAUUUUAACGUGUUGCAGAAAAUUUUGAUCGAAAUGACCUGGCUGACUUGCAGUCCGAACUAAAGAUUUUAAUUCAUGUUGGUGAAAAUGAAAAUAUUGUAAAUAUACUAGGUGCUUGUACAAAAGGUUAGUAAUCCUACUAAUUCUGUUCUUAAUUUCUAGAGGGUGUGUAAAAAAUUGAAAGUGUCUGAAAAUUUUGCACAUUCGUUAAAAUUUAUAUGAAUAUGCAUGAAUAGUUAAGUCUCUUUUGAUUUCUUUGACAAUAAAUGUGUCUUAAAAUUAAACUUUGAAGUGUAAAGAGCUGUUUUUGCCAAUCAAUAGUUUCCCGGAAAUAAUUGGAAAGUGCAAAAAGCUGUUUGCACCAAUCAAUGGUUUCCCUAAAAUAAAUUGGAAAUUAAAGUUGAAGAUGCGUCUCGAACUCGUAGAGAUCAAGUUGGCCUCAUGCAUUAACUAUCAAAGAUCAAAUUAAUUAAACAAUUGUAAUAUUUCAUUUGAUGAACAUUGAGUCCUUCCUGAACUGGAACGGUCAUUGAAAUUUGGUUGUUUUGCUGCUUUACAUUUUAUCUUAGAUUUAGUUCAGACAUUUCAAGCAUUAGAAUUUUAUACAUGAUUAAAUUUUAUUCCUGUCAACAUAUAAAAAAUUCAAUAUUCAGUGAUAUAACGGUGGACAUAGUCGUCUUGAAACUGUUUCUAACUUGACUAACUACCUGCACAUGAUCCGUUGGUGAAUGUCAUUUUUUUAGAAAGAUUUUUGCAUACUUGUAGCUCUUUUAUUGUGGGAAUUAGCCAGUCGGAAUACAAUGUCAUUUUGGUAUUGGCCGUUAUAAAUUAUAAUGGUUCAUAAAGAACGUUAUAAACUUCACUUUCAUGAAUCCAAUCAUAUCAAAUCACUCGAUUUUGUUUGGAAGCUUGAUUGUCUUUCAAAACAAGAUUAAAAAGUGUCUACAGUCCCCACAGUAAUUUCUAAACUAAUUUCCAUAGGCAAAAGUUCAAACCUUUGGAUAAUAAUGGAAUAUUGUCCAAAUGGUAAUCUUAGAGAAUUCUUACAAAACAAUCAGAGUCGAUACAGCGUGGAGGAAGAAUCGUUCGAUCCAGACAUCUCCCAAGUGUUUGGUCCAAGAAAUAUUAUAUAUGUUGCUUGGCAAAUUGCAAAAGGGAUGACAUUUUUAACUUCAAGAAAGGUAAAUUUCCCCCCAUCCUAGUAUAAGACUAACUAGAUCCUGUUUUCCCCUUUAUUUUACAGGUAUUUGUGCGGAAAAAAUUUAUUGAACCUUAAUUUAACUGUUGUUUGUCCAGGAUACAUUUUUGAACCUUUGUUUUUGGAAAUGUGCGGAAAAUCCCCACGCCCCGCUCAACAAAAGUUUUGGUAAAAAUAGUGGUCUCGAAUUAAGAAUUCGAGUUCUUUCUACUAGAGGACAGACACCCAGAAUUACGUCACACAAAACCUUCGAAUAGGCGGAAUAGCAUUCCGUCAUUUGUAUAGAUCAUAUAUACGCAUGAUAGCUACAUUUGUAAAAUUUCGUCUUUUUCAAAUUUCCAAAUGCCUUUCAAAAAUGGGUGGAUAAAAAGUAAGCUAUUUACCCAUUUAAUUAAUAUGGGGGGGUUUCUUUUUAUCAUAUAAAAACAAAUACCUCAGAUUUUGCCGUUGUCUGUGCAGUUUUAAAUACACAGUAGCCUAUGACAGCAUUAAUGUGGGAAGAACAAAAAAGUGACCCACUCGCCUCAGCGGCUUGUGCCACUUUUUUGUUUUUUCCACAUUAUGACGUCAUAUUGUGUAUCUAUAACUGAACAGACAACGGUAAAAUCUUAUCUAUUUGUUAUUAAAUAGAACCAUCUAUUUUGUACAGUGAGCCUGGCGCGAUCCAGUCUAACAACCUAUCAUUGUACGUUGGCAAGGUGGUACUAACAUAUAAAUAAAUAUUUUUGAAAUAUUUUUUUCCUGUUAUAUUCCUGCAGAUAAUUCAUCGAGAUCUGGCUGCACGAAAUAUCUUACUUGGACGGGGAUAUGUAGCAAAAGUUUCAGAUUUUGGAUUAGCCAGAGAUGUUCAUAAACAUCAACAAUACUUAAAAACAUCAACUGUAAGUUUACAACCCUCAAUUUUGCUGAUAAUUGUAUUCUUACUAUUCUGAAAUGUUCAGUUUUUAAAAAAAAUCCCAUCGCUUAUUGCUCAUAAUCUAAAAAUCUAACAAUGUAAAAAUAAUUAUAAAAAUUGUAAAGGCAGAUACAAAUUAGGCACCAAAAUAUGCUCUUAACUCAGUCGUGAGAGGACGAGUGACUGCUACUUUCCGACCCUUUGCGCACAUCUGUUGCCUAAAGGCUAAUUUCCACUCCGGAAAAUAAGCAGCGGAUCGGACCGGAUUGGAACAAACCGUUUGAUCCGGCGACGUUGCUGGCCGGAUAAUAAAAAGUUGAAAUAUUUUCAACUUUUUUUGGUCCGGUCCUGCGGAUUAAACCUGGCAACUAAUCAAAAUGCCGUAUUAUCUCGCAUAAAUUAAAAUAAUUGAAUUAAAUAAUACCUGUAUAAAAUUUACAAAAUGCAGGAUAAUUCAGGAGCUUAAUUUCUUGGAGAAUUCGAGGGAGAAUUUACAAGAAUUGGAGAGUACAACAGCUCUUGGCAAAAUAUAAAAUUGCUUAAAAAAUAUUCCUGCUCGUAUAGCUUUACUCUUCUAUCAAUAAGUUGUAUUCACUUUUCCAUUGUCUUUCCUGAAAACUUUUUCUUAUCCAAAUGCUCUUUUUGUACUUUUCUUGUUUUCUUAUCCUUUACUGGCGAUCACGUAACAAAAUAAGAUGAGAGAAACGCUUGUUCAGAGCCGCUGCCAUUUUAAAAUGAACGCGAAAUAGUAAUUUGUGCGACUGGAACGAGCUCCAUUUGUUCCUUUUCCGAUCCGAUCAUCCCACUUGUCUUUUUACUAGAAAUCGUUUGUUGGAUCGCGAUCGGACCGGAACGGAAAAUCCUCCGAUCCGGUCCGAUCCGCUGCUUAUUUUCCGGAGUGGAAAUUAGUCUUUACUCAAAUAUAACUGAUCCCACGAGACCUGUUUGUACGAUGCGGUCAACCUCGUUCCCAGGGCUUCAGUGUGAGGACGAGACGAGACACGAGGAAGCCCUGGUCUGGGCCGGUCACGUGUCUACCCAAAAAAUGCAGUAUUUGACAGCUACUCGUCAAGGAGUGGCGAGAUAUUCUUUAAUGAAAUAUACAAGUCUUCGAAACAAAUAAAUAGCCAAAAGACUUCUCAAUCGAUAUUAUUUAUGUGUAGAGCGAAGUUUGGCACGAAUCAGCUGAAAUCUAUGAAGAUCCCGUCUAUGUUUUCUAAGAUAUACCGAUAUUUCUGGAGAUUUUCAACUACAGGCAAAGCUGCAUCCAAGCUGCAUCUAGGCGUCUCCAUGCAAGUGGUGAUUCACACGAAAUUUCCUUUCUCUCGUCUUGAACAAUAUGGCUAUUGCUAUAAUUAAUAUUUAGUUUAAAUAUGCUCUUAUAGAUCUGACUUAGUUCAAUAUAAAUAAACACAAAUAUAAAACCUCGCGUAACCUGUUUACGCUGUACAGGAAUAUACGGAUUCGCUUGUUUCGCCGGACACCAACACUUGCCGUUCAGGAGCAAUGCUUGCCUACAAAUUUUAUCCCCUUCACAAUCUUUGUUUUAUUUUAUCGUAUAGUCGCAAUUUUCAAGUAUUCGGGGUAUUCUGAAACUGUAAAACUCGGUGGCGUGCGAAUCUUGUAGAGACUACAUCGGCCUAGGCGUAGAGCUAUUAAGUAAACAGGGCCUAAAUUAAUUUAGUAGUUUCAUUUAAUUGUUUGUCUUGCUUUUAUUUGUCAGUACAGAAUAUUGUAAAUUAAAAUAUUACUACAAUGCAAUACGCGUAGUAUUUCAUCAGACAUCUGCACUAAUAAAUACUGUACAAGGAAAACUACAGCUUAAAUAAUAGUAGACGUUUCUUGUUUUGUCAGGAAACAUCACAGCUCACUUCGACACGGCUUUUGAGUUUUGUAACCGGCCGAGGCGAAAGUAAAUCAUGCAGUCGGGAAAACGUCUUACUUUGAAAGAUUAUUUUGCAAAACAUACUCGUACACACAAGAAUCAUAAAAAUACAAAUGUUGAAUUGUUAUUGUCAACUGUCAAGUUCAUAUAUUUUUAGACAAUAUGGUAUUAGCCAAUCAGAAUGCAAAAUUGACCGGCCCAGACCAGGGCUUCCUCGUGUCUUGCUUCGACCUCACACUGAAGCCCUGGAAAAGAGGUUGCGAUGCGGUCGGAAUCUGCCACCAGUAUAUAUCGAUCUAUCUCUACAAUUCGAGCCGCGCAACUUACAUCGCCUAAAGUUAUUCCGCUCGGCUUCAUCGAUCAUGAUUUACGGACCGGUCAUUAAUAAUGGGAUGGAGGGCGGUCGGUGAGAAAAGGGGCCGGCUUCAACUCUUUUUGCCUGAAUUGGAGGCAGCCUCAAACUGAAAAAUAUGUGACAAGGGGCGACACCUGUUUGUACAAUGAGGUCGGAAUCUGCCACCAGUAUAUAUUUAUCUAGGUUUACAAAUCGAACUGAGCGAGUUACAUUGACUAAAGUUGUUAGAGGUGUGCAUCGGAUCGGAUUGGACGUUUAAAAUCCGACAAUUGGCCAAUGUUUAAAGUCAAAUCCGAUCCGAUCCGAAAUUAUCUAAUCCGAAUCCGAUCCGAUCCGAGUUUUGAUAAAUCUUGAUAAAGAAUUGCGAUCCGAUCGGAAGAACCCUUUAAUAAAAUAAAUUUUUCAUUUAAUUGGAAAUAUUUAACCAAAUAAUAAUUAUCAUAUAUAAUUAAUUCAUUUCAUUUCGAAUAUAGAAAUCCGAUCCGAUCUGACUACGAAAUAUUUUUCUCAAUUCGAUCCAAUCCGAAGUGAAUAUUUUUGUUCCGAAAUCCGAACGAAUCCGAUCGGAUCGGAUUUGCACACCUCUAAAAGUUAUUCCGUUCGGCUUCACCGAUCAUGAAUUAGGAACCCGUCAUUAAUAAUGGGAUGGGGGGCGGUGCAUGGGUGAGAAAUAGGGGGAGGCUUCAACCUCGUUCGGCGGCUUCAACUAGUUUUGACUGAAUUGAGGGCGGCCUCAAACUGAAAAAUAUGUGAGAAAGGGCGACACCAAUUUUUUUAACACUUAUCUACUCAUUUUCAAUCUCUCGACUCUCGCCUUUAUCGUAUCCCACAAAAUAUUUCACCUUUUUUAGUUCCUAUAUUUGUAGUUUCCAUAGUUUAUUACGUAUAUGCAGUUCACCAUAAGAGCCGGAGUAAAUAACAACCAUUUUGAAUACUGCUCCUCUAAUUAUUUAGGCUACACAAUGUCUUACACCAGUACUUGUCCCAUUACCUAUUUUACACCCCUCUCAUUAUUAAUCACCGGUCCCUAAUAAUUCUUCUGUCUCGUUAGUCAACAAUUCUGAAGGGUCAAUCAAAAGUGAUUUACAAACGCUGUUAUCAACAUUUCUCGAAGGAUAAAUGUACUGAGGAUAUAAAAAAAGCUCCAUUUGACUUGGUUAACAUGUUUGAUGACGCGCAAGACGCUCUUGAUGUAUUUAUGAAUCUAUUCAAAUGGAAUUGUAAACACUCGUUAAGAAAAUUUACUGCAUGUGAGAUCAAAAUUGGCCCGUGGUUGAUAGAAUACGAGAAAUAAUGCUUCUUAGGCUAUAGAGACAUGGCUAAACUUGGCGCAAAAGUAUUUUGUUUCCCAUUGGAUUUGGCUGUUUAUCGGAAAUUGAGGAACUAUGUAGUCAAACUCAAUCGGGAAAGCAAGAAAGCGCAUUACUUGAAGGCCAUUAAUCAGAAUAAAUCUGAUCCAUGCAGGAGUAAUGUGGAAAACGAUUAAUAGCUAACUUAUUGGGACGCUCUAGUUCUGUUUCCCGACAAGUGUUGAAUGCUGGGUGGGGGGACUCCUUACCUAACCAAAAGAUAUUUCGAAUCAUUUUAUGUCAUACUUUAAUGAAAAAAUUAAAAAGUAUAAAGAUCAAAUUAUUGGAACUAUUGAUACGGAGUAUAUUUCAAAUUCUAUUAAUCGAUCCAUAAAUGGAAAGGGUUGUUAAAUUCGAAUUCACUUCUGUUACCUCUAGUGAAGUUAGGAAAUGUCUAACUAAUAUAAAAAUUUGGACAAUAAUUGGUAAUGAAUAAUAACGAAAUUGAUAACUAUCUCUUAAUAUGGAUAAUCUAAAGAUUUGUAAGACAUUGUAGGUGGUUAGGCAUAUAUUUUAAUAUCUACUGUAGAAGAUUACGUGUACUGUAAGUUAGCUUUAGAUAAUUGUGGAUAUUUCAACAAUUAUUACAAUUAAAAUUAAAAUCUAUUUCAUGUUGGAAGCACUACGUGUGUUACCUUGGAUACAAGGUCUCGCUUUCGUGUUUAAGGUUUUGAUUUUAUCUUACACAUUUAAAAACACGAGUCUAGUUUGGUAAAGGGACGUACUUUCCGUAAGAAUGCAUUCCUGAAAUGUGGCAUUUUAAUUUCUAGGGAUUGGUUCCUUUCAAAUGGAUGGCUCUUGAGUCUAUCAGGAAUUCAUUAUUUACUGAGAAGUCAGACGUGUAAGUAAAAUUGUUGCCAGAGUGUUUCUUAAACACGAUUAUUAUCGACAAAAAUUACCCAGAAACAUGUGAUAUGAAAGACCUUUUCAGAUAUUCUGGCGAAUAUAAUUAGGGCAAUAUAUUUAAUUGAAAGAGUAUAUUACUCAAAAAAGAGUUUUAAAAACUCGCAUGUGCGAUGAGCGCGUGAGCUAGUGAUUGCUCUACUUUGGGAGAAUGCAUCGUUCAAAAAACUUACUGAUUAUAGUGAGAACAGUUUUCACUGGCCUUAGAUAGCUUGUUUACUUGAAUAUCGAAAUUUGAAAGGCACGUUUUUGUUUCAAACAUUGAAAUUGAAAGGUUUUAAUAGGCAUUUAAGGUUUCUCAAUUCCAAGGCAAUUAUAUAUUCUGAAUAAAUAUUUGAAGGCGUUUAUUUGUUCAUCUCUACAAUCAGGUGGUCAUUUGGUAUUUUACUGUGGGAAAUCUUCUCGUUGGGUGAGUAACUUUAGCCUUUCUUUUAUUGUUUCUCGAAAUUGUUAGUGCUAGCUAUAAACGAAUUGAUAGACAUUCAAGAUGGGGAAGAGGGGGAGGGACAGUCUCCCCACUGAAAAUUUCCAGUUGGGCAGAUUGCAGACAUAUUGUAAUUGGGAAAAUUUGAAACAUAAGUUGGGCAAAAAUAUGUGGGGGGGUAUGAAAAUCAAGAAAUAUGGAAGAUAAUAAUCGAAAAAAGCAAAAAUAUAUAAUGUGGCCAUUCUCGUACCCAGAGCCCUUUUUACGCGAGGGGAGGCGAGGGGCUCUGGCCAUAUCCAUAUUCCGAACUGGCAUCUGAUUGGCUAGUUAUAAAACCGGAUAUUGUUUUCUUACCAUGUUUUUAUGGUAUCCGGUUAUAGAUUUGGCCAGAGCCCCUCGUCGCACCGCGCGUAAGAAGGGCUCUGGGUACGAGAAUGAUAAUGUGGCUAAAAAUGUUAAGCUCCCCCCCCCCUCCACCCCAAUAUUUGAAGUUUAGCAGGGAAAACAGUCUUUGAUUUGUCGGGAAAACUGCAACGAAGUCGGCGAUUUUCUUUCUGCCCCACUAGUUUUUCCCUCCCGUACACCUAUGCACGAAAUGUAUCAUCACUUUGCAUUGUUUGAAACGUGUCAGUUUGAGAAUCAAUUUCAUUCAAUAAGAUGCAGUGUGUACAUAGUCAUAACUAGUAUCAGUGGUAAAAUAUAUUCCUUUCAGGUGAGACUCCUUACCCAGACAUGUAUUUUAAUGACGUACAUCAAUACUUGUUGCAAGGAAAGCGAAUGGAACCUCCUAUUCAUUGUCCUGGGGAUAUGUGA